AUGUUGCGGACUCGAACGAUCCUACCAACCCUCAUCAAAGGGACCCGAUCCUUCGCGACGGUAUCCUCUACCUCUCAACUCGGAGUUGUUCAACCUUCUGUCAAGGAGAUAAACAACUUGUCCCUUGACUCUAGGAACCUUGAAAAGGCUGUGCGGCACAUGCACAGAGAUGGCCUGGUUGUCGUCGAAGACGUUGUUCCCCAUGAGCACCUUGACCUGUUGAACAAGAAGAUGGUCGAGGACGCCAACACGCUUCUAGCCCGAGACCCCAUUGCUACACAAAUAACCACAGCCGUGAUGGGCCCUCGGCCAAAGUGGACGUUUUGCUCUGCAAAUUCGGCAAUGGCAACCGCGCCCGGAGGUUCUCCCCAGCGUCAGCCGGUGCAUUCAGACGCCGACUUUGCCCACCCUGACCACCCAUUUGCCCUUGUCGUCAACGUGCCCCUUGUCACAGCCACACCAGAGAAUGGGUCGACCGAAAUCUGGCUCGGAACCCACAGCAGCUUUGGGCUUGAUGCGCAGGAAGGCGCUCACGGUGAUAGGGCCAGUGGUCGUAUCAGGGAGGAUCUCUUGCGCCAGCGCGAGAAACUCUCACCUCCACUGCAGCCCGUCAUCAAAAAGGGUAGCAUCAUCAUCCGCGACCUGAGACUCUGGCACGCGGGGAUGCCAAACACUACUCAGGAGACCAGAGUCAUGCUAGCUAUGAUCCAUUUUGCGCCUUGGUUCAGGAACAGGAUGAGGCUCGAGUUUGGGCAAGAUGUCAAGCCUAUUCUUGAGAAGUUGGAGGGCGAGGGAAAGCUUGGGUUGGAUGUGCCCGUAGACUGGGUCAGUAGGGAGGCUGUGCUCGAGGGAUAUUUGAACAGGGGAUUCGGGAAUAGCUAUGACUUUGACCAGGAACCUUGA